GCGCACUGGCAACCCAGUGCCCAGCUCCCAGGGGCCCCGCACCACCUCACUGCCCACUCACACUGCCCGGGCGCAGGGCAGAGGGAGCCAUGCCCAGGGAGGCUGCAGAAGCAGACAGCAUGGGAAGGGCUGAGGGUGCUGCACCAGCAGAGCCCGGGGACCCCGACAGCAGUGAGCCGGGAGCCAUCAGCCUGUGCCCUGUGGAGUCCAUCAGCGACCUGCACUUGGCCUCGGGCGGGCAGAAGGGCACAGAGGGCAACGGCCCGGCUCCCUCCAGCAGCCUGCGCCAGCCUCCACCUCGGCCCGUGUCCCCCGUGCCCCCAGUGCUACUGCCCACCCUGCGCCCCGUGCCCCCUGCCAGCCCCUGCCCCUGCCUCGGCCCUGGCCACCCCCUGCUGCUGGCUCUGCUGGUGCUCCUGGCACUGGCGAGCCUGGUCCUGGCCACGCUGGCCAUCUACCUGAGUGUCCUGCAGAGCCAGUCCGUGCGGGCGCUGGCCCAGUGGCUGGAGAGCCAGGAGGAUGCCGUGCACCAGCUGCGGGCAGCCAGCAGGCAGCUCUGGGCUCGCCUCAACGCCAGCACCCAGCCCGGCGGGCACCGCUGAGCUGCUCCCAGCCCCACCACGGGCUCCAGGCCACCACGGGAAGGGGCAGCGAAGGGCAGGAGGGAGCAACGGGCAGCCUUACCUGCUCAGACCUGGCAGCAUUGCCUCUUGGGGCACAGGGGCAAUCCUGGCUCCCGCCCCAGGCUGCGAGAGAAAGGGACAGGGCUGUAAGGACCGGCACCCGCUUCUGUGACAGCCCUUCCUCUUAACAAGGCAGAAGGCACCCUCCAAUUAGCCUUUUAAUUACCUCUUACAAUCAAAGUCUUAGAAAAUCACCAUGAUAGAUACAUUCCCGGAGUGGCAGGCACUGCCAGCUGGCACAGCCCCAUGCCUGCCUGGGCAGUUGCCCCCCCGUAAUUAAUUUCCCCCAAGAUUACUAUUUCAUAUAAAGCAUUUGGCUGAAAAAAGGGCUAAGAGUGAGCAGCUGGCUGGGCUGAGCAAGGCCUGCCACCCUACACUGCUCUGCCACCACCCCUGGUGCCAGGCUGGCUGUGGAGGCAGGGGCUGUGCCCAGCGUGGCAAGUGAAAGCGAGUGCUCCUGCCACAGGCACAGACACCAGGCCAGCUGCCCCACAGCCUCGCACAGCUCUGCCCUCUCAAUCACCCCUCAGGCUGUGCCAGGCCACCCUGGUGUCCCCACAGGACUGGGGACAUGAGCCUUGCCUCUAAAAGGGGCUGCAGGAGCUCUGGUGAAAGCCCUUCCCACUGUGCCACACAGAGCCUCAGCCGCAGAGCAGGCACACAGCAGACACGCCACCACCUCCCCCUGCUCUUCUUUUAUCCUUCCUU